CCCCGCGCGCCGCGGCUUCCCGGAGAUUUGGAGGAUCCGGCACGUUCCGAGGAGGCGCCAGGGCUCGGGGCCGUGGCCGCUCCGCAUCCCGCGUGGUCUCUGGCGCCCUGGAGAAGCGCGCGAGGCUUCUCCGCUCCAGGAACUUCCCGCACACCCGGCGCGACCCGGCUGCGGCGGGGCCGCGGGCCCGACCGGCCUCGCCGCGGGGCUGGGAGUGGAGCAACAUGGACGCUGUCAGUCAAGUCCCCAUGGAAGCUGUGCUCCCCAAGCACAUCCUGGACAUCUGGGUCAUUGUCCUCAUCAUCCUAGCCACCAUUGUCAUCAUGACAUCCUUACUGCUGUGCCCAGCCACUGCGGUCAUCAUUUAUCGCAUGAGGACUCAUCCUGUCCUCAAUGGUGCGGUUUGAGAACUGCCUGGGAGGGGCAGGUGGGGGCUGAGGACAACACCCCCUCCCUCACCCGCAUCCCCUUCCUUAGAGAUCAGCAGCAGUGACAUUGGAGUGUGGACUCUGGAGCAUGACAUGUAAGAAGAGACCUGAGAUCUGGUUUGGAUUCUGCCACUGGCCAGCUGUGUGAGGUUGAGGGACCUAAAUCUGAGUCCUGGGUUCUUUAUCUUUCAAAUGGGGAUCAUGAUCCCUGUGUCCUUCCUACCUCAUAGGGUCAUGAGAACCAGUUACUUCGUGGAUUUCAGAGCAGUAAAGCAAGUGCAGGUACCAGGUGUUGCUGCUGAAGGCUGAGAAACUUUGAAAAAUCAAAGAACCUAAUUGCUGAUGAUGAUCUUCAAGAUGGAGAGGGGGACACUUGGCCAGAAGCAGCCUUUACCAAUGUCCCUUUACCAAGGUUAAACCAAGCCAAGCAGGGUCACCCUGACCUCAUUCCAAAGGGUUGCAACACAUUGGCUCAAAGUUUUAUAUUUUCUCAAGUUUUCUGAGUCAAGAGGAAAUUGAGUGAGGCAGGGAGAGUGGGUAGAACUUUCUAGGACCUUCUUUAGUCAGAAUCUCUGCCAUUGGGCAGUCUGGAGUGCUCUCUUAUUUCUUGGCAAUGCUAAGGGAGCUGGGGCAGUGGGCUUCUUUCUGCACGGGACUCUCAUUGAUUUGACACUCAAGCUAUGUUGGAAAAUGCAGGGUGGUUGAGUUCCCUGGCCAGCUCCCAGGACCUCCAGCCCGCACCCCUUGCAUGUUCCACACCAGAGGAGCCUGUCCCUCAGCCUGGCUCCUGCUAAGUUUAGGUGUCCUCCUUUAUUCCCUCCAACUAGCACUGCAACCAGUCCAAGGGACAGACUUGUACUUUAAGAGAUGGUCCCAGGGCUGUGGGAACCAACUCAAAACACUGAUGGUUGUUUUAGAUGCUGACUUACAUUUAUGUAGAGAGAUCUUUGGACUGCUCAAGCUCUUUGACCAAAAUCAGAAAUGUCUUGAAUUUGCUGAAUUAUGUAAGAAGAUAGCCCCAGUACCAGGAUGUUAUUAUGUGAAAACAAUGCUUUUACUUUGAUUUGAUUUCAUUGAUGUGCAGAAUAAUUUCUAAUAAAGUGCUAAAAAAUGUGCCUGAUGUCUUUCUUAAAGAGUGUGCCUGUUAAACCUGAGGAAACUCAGGGAAAAAGCUCCCACUGCAUUUAUGGACCCUAAAGGCAGUUUGAAUUA